AUGCAUUUUUUGCCCCCGGCUGCCAGCUGGGGUCCCACCCACCAGUCGCAGGUGCAUGAGAAAGAGUCUGCAGCCAUCAAAGCGAAGGGAGAAGGAGUCAGCUUGAUGAUUGGUCGUUAUGUUUCGCCCGACUACGGAUGGCUCAAGGCAAGAACUCCAGGACCAGAUGGAUCCUUGGACGACGCAGAGGUUGUUCUUCGGCCUGGAAAGGCAAGGGACGGGUAUCAGACCAACGAGGACAUUCUGAAGCAAGCGACGCACGCCAUGAACACCUUGGAUCGAGAUUAUCAUGCCCUCAAGAUGACUCUGGGUCCAUCGGCAAACUUCAACAAAGUCAAGACCGACGGCGUUUCGAAAUGCGUUCGGAUGCGGGAUGGAAGGUUUCAAGACGGCAGCCCGCAGUGCCUGUAUCAGGCAGAUGGGAAAUUCAAGGGCACGAAGGCAUUGAUUAUUGAGCGUCGCGCCAAAGGACACAACCUUCCCGAUCCGGACGCACGGAAUCGUGUCACCAACAAGAAGCCUCAUCUCGAAUGCACAAACUUCAGCUGCCGUUACAAUGACAUGCAGGACUGCUGCCUCAAGAAGAUGCUCUAUCUCGAGCCUGAUUUUCAGGCGCAGAAGUCUCAGCUCGAGGAGCACUGCGAGGCUCGUGGAUAUGAGGUCAUUUUUUUCCCGAAAUAUCACCCCGAGCUCAACUUUAUUGAGCAAUGUUGGGGAUAUGCCAAAUGUGUCUACCGUAUGCUUCCCGAGUCCACCAAGGAAGCUGAUCUCAUUCGGAAUGUCAACCAUGCCCUCAAAUCAGUGCCUCUAGAGUCAAUGCGUCGAUUUGCAACACGCUCCUCUCGCUUUGCUGAUGCGUAUUUCCGAGGAUUGAAUGGUGCUGAGGCCGCUUGGACCAACAAGAAGUACCGCGGACAUCGGACUUUACCGGCGGAGUAUCGGAGAGAUGUAGAGAAUGAAUUUAGAGCAACACAGUAG